AUGGUUAGGGGGGAGAAGCAGUCUGGUAGACAUGAAGAGCAGUUAACAAGCAAGAUCAAAGAUGAUGGUCAUACCCUGGAUGGUAACUUGUUUAAGUCCUUACACGAAUCAAGUUCAAGAAAAGAGGCAAGCUCCCCAAGCCUAAAGGAAAGAUCUGAAAUGGACGAAGCACCAAAUCAAACUUCAACUAAUCAUAACAAGGUUGAUAAAGAUAAACUUGCAUCCACAAGGGCAGAGAUGGGUGAGGUAAGAGAAGAGAACAAGAGGUUAAAAACAAUGUUAUCACGCAUUGUAGAGGACUACCGAUCUCUUCAAUUACACUUCCAUGACGUUCUUCAAAAAGGAAAAGCCAAGAAGCUUGCUGACCCCUCGACCAUCAUGCCCACCGGCAUCGAGGAGCCUGAAUUCGUCUCACUGAGCCUCGGCACGAGCACAAGCAUGCACAGGAAGGAAGAGAAGAAUAGUGCUGCAGAAGGAAAUGGGAGAGAAGACUUCAUGAGUAUUAAAGAAGAAGGCCUGUCACUUGGACUGUCAGCCUGCAAAGAUGGUGCAACUAAUAGCAUUGCAAAGAUCCAGCCCGAUGUGAUGACCUUGAGCCCUGAAGUUAGCUCCGAGGAUGCCAAGAACGAUGCCAUGGAGGCAGCAGAUCAGCAGUGGCUGUCAAGCAAAACGCAGAAGAACUUGAGGAACGUCGGCACGGAACCUGAGGAUGACAUAGGCCCACUGCCACAGGCCAAGAAGGCAAGGGUGUCUGUAAGGGCAAGGUGUGAUGCACCAACGAUGAAUGAUGGAUGCCAAUGGAGGAAGUAUGGGCAGAAGAUAGCCAAGGGGAACCCGUGCCCCCGUGCCUACUACCGGUGUACAGUGGCAGCGGGAUGCCCCGUCAGAAAACAGGUGCAGAGGUGCGCGGACGACAUGUCGAUCCUGAUCACCACGUACGAGGGCACGCACAACCACCCGCUCUCCGCCUCCGCCACCGCCAUGGCCUCCACCACCUCCGCCGCGGCGUCCAUGCUCACCUCGGGCUCCUCCACCUCCCUCCGCUUCCCCGCCGACUCGCCGGCCGCCGCCGCCAGCCUCAGCUUCGGCUUCCCUCCGGCGGCGCACGACCCCUCCAAACAUUUCUUCCUCCCGACCGGCGGCGCCGCGUCCAUCACCUCCACGCCGUCCUACCCGACCAUCACGCUCGACCUCACCUCGCCGGCUGCCACCUCGCAGGCAUUCACUCUGGGCAACAGGUUCUCGUCGAGCUUGGGUCACGGCGGUGCUAGGUACCAUCAUCCCACGAGCUUCUCCUUCUCCAACUCCGGGCCCAGCGCGCUGUCCGGAGCUGCAUGGCCGGCGGCUGGUGGUGCUGGGUACCUGAGCUACGGGUCACCAGCUGCGUCGUUGUUCAACGGUGGCGCUGCACUGAGCAGCAUCAACGGAAGGCAACAAGGCGGGGAAGUCCCCGUGCUCUACCAGCCGCAGCAGAAGGCGGCGGCGGCGGCGGUUACUGCGAGCGGGAGCGCACCGGCGGGCGUGCUCACCGACACGAUAGCGAAGGUGAUCACGUCGGACCCGGGCUUCCAAACGGCGCUGGCGGCCGCCAUCACGUCGUACGUCGGCACCCAGGGCGGUAACAAAUCGUCGGCGGGAGGAGAGGGCGGGAGCCAGCUGCAGGGGCUCAAGUGGGGACAGCACCUCGGCCUGGGGCCGUCGCCAUCAAACGCGGGCGCGGCGUGCUCGUCGGCACUGCUGGCACGGCCAUCGUCGACGACGGCAGCGGCAAUGGAGCAGGGUUCCAAUGGGCAUCGGCCGUUCCUGCAGCCGUCGCUGGGCUUGUCAGGUUCUCACAGCACCUCCACCUCUCCUGUGGAGAACAGGGAGCACUGA